AUGACAUGGACCAUGACCUUAAGAAAUUUACGCUGAAACGAUAGUAAUGAGGCGAAUUUGAGGGAAUCCAACAUGUUAGUCAGCUCUUUUAUAUAAUGUCUUUUUGAUAAACAAUCCAACAUUAGAAAUCAGCACUGUUCAGGAAUAUUAUCGACAUUUAGGUCGUAGACAGAAAACCAUCGCCUUAUCACCUCUUACAAACAUGCAUACCAAGUUCAUCAACUGACAAUACAAAAUACCUUUGGGAACUUGCGAUUUAUCCUGCGUCAAUAGAAAAAUGGUUACGCCCCUCAAGAAGCACACCAUCGUGAAGAAGCACACCGCUACCUUCAAGCGUCAUCAGUCUGACCGCUACAAGACUGUCAAGGAAUCAUGGAGAAAGCCCAAGGGUAUUGAUAACCGCGUUCGUCGCCGUUUCAAGGGCCAGAUUGCCAUGCCCAAGAUCGGUUAUGGCAACAAUAAGUUAACCCGCCACAUGAUGCCUUCUGGCUUUAAGAAGUUCGUAGUUUCCAACAUUGCCGAGUUGAACCUCUUGCUGAUGCACAACCGCACUUUUGCUGCUGAGAUUGCUCAUAACGUCUCGUCUCGCAACCGCAUCGCUAUUGUUGAGCGUGCCCAGCAGCUCAACAUUAAGGUCACUAACGCCAAUGCUCGCGUCAGAACCGAGGCUUAAAAAACAAAGAUUUCUCUAGUUUUUUUUUCCUCUUGUCUUUCUGUAUGUUUGUUAUUCAGCUUUGACUAAGUUAUUGGAUAAUACAAGGAACAAAAUUGGGAAAAAAA